AUGAUUGAAUGGAAAAGAGGACCGUCAGACUCCCCACCCAAUUCACCGCCGCGAUCGCCGACUUAUAAGCGGGUGUGCAGAGAGGUGGGUUACGAAGAGGAGGAGGAUGAUGAUGAAAUGAUCGAUAGUGAUGCCGAUACGUUCAUUAUCGACACCAAGCCAUGUAUUGACAACAGUGCUGGUGAUGAUGAUCGCGAGUUUGAGCGAAAUUUGGCUGGCGAGCAUCAUCAUUUAGAAUCAUCACCAUCACCGACUGAUGUGGAGGAUGAGGAGGGGGAGGAUGAGGAGGAGGAGGAUGAGGGGGAAGCGGACGUGGAGGGUGUAUGGAAUGACGACGAUAUUGAUGAGGGGCGGGUGGAGUUUGCUAAUGAUUUUGACGGUUGUGAAGAUGUACACGUCAGAUUCAGAUUGCUUCUUGAUGAGAUUGAUUAA